AUUCAGUCAGAAUAGAGUAGGGUGCGUCAGCCUCAGCCUUUAGAAAAUAAUGAAUCGUCGUGCACCGUCGUCGUUGUCGUUUAGCCGCUCCGCUAUCGCUGUAGCUGUCGUUUAAUUUAAUUCGCCGCCGCAGAGGCCGACAAUUUAACUCAAAAAUAUAAAUAUUUGUGCAUCAUUUUCGAAAUACAAUCCAAAAAACUAAACAAAUUCAACUCAAAAACUAAACAAAUCCAAUUCAAAACUCAUAAAAAGAAGAAAGAAAAAAAGUCUCAGAAAACCAGAACAAAAUCCGGAUAAAAAAAAACCGAAGGGAAAGGAAAGAUAGAAUAAAGAAAAAAAGAGAAUAGCAACACAAAGUGAAAACUGACAAAACCGAACCGAAAAACAGAAACAGAGAACCAAAAGAUAGAAGAAGCUAAACGAAGUAGAAGUUAAGCAAGGAAUGAAAAACGCAAAGUGAAGCAAUAUUAGCUCCACACAGUGUGUUUUGUGAGUUUGUGUCGUGGUGGUGUGAAAGGAAAAAAGUCGGGCGUGGAUAAAAAAGAAAAUUUUAUUUAAAAAAAAAAGAAAGAAAAUUCUCCUCGUCCAACGACCGACGAAUGGCCAUUGGCGAAUUGAAAUUCAAUUAAUUAAUCCUUUUGCAUAUUAUUUGCAAAAAUUACAAUAUUAUUCCAACCGGAACUCGGGGGUUAUCCGUUGUGUUUUCUUCCUUUUGGGUAUUUUAUAUUCUCCUCUGUAAAAAUAAAAUCUCAUCUCUUGUGCGGCGAAUUUGAAAAAUAUUGGAAAUAGAAAAAAGGAAAUCUCCAUCGCGACGAUUGACGAAAGACGAGACGUCGAAUGUCGAAACUCGAUAAAACAAAAGGAAGAAUAAUUCAAAUUAGUUAGAAAUAUAAUUAAAAGCAGAUUAAGUUAAAAAAAAUGUACCACUCCUGUAAUUUUUCUCGGGAAAAUGUGAAAGGAAAAACUGUAAUUUGCUUCUCUUGCGGCGAAAAUCAAAAUAAGUGAAUAAUUUUUGUUUUCUAAUAUAUAUUUUAUACCUAUUUCCGUGUGCUGUUUUUAUUUUCUCUUCUUGUAUUCUUCAUAUAAAAUAUUUCUUAAAAAAUCAUUGUCUGAGAAAAGGAAUUUCUUAUGAAUAAUUUAUAAAUAAUAAAAAAAAAGAAGUUUUAAAAGGAAAAAAUAAAAUAUAGAAUAAGAAUUUAAAGAGGAAUUUUAUACAUAUACACGACGACGACGAGUUAAAAAGGAAGAAAGAAGAGAAACGUACGAAGAGGAAGAGGUGAAAAAAGGGCAUAAAUAGAGGAGGCCGCUAAAACAGAACCGAAACCGAAACUGAGAACAGAGUGAAGUUGAGAAGAACAAACACAAGAAGCAAAGCAGAAAAUAAUAAAUCAAAAUGGCGCACCAACUGGCCCCAUCCGUGAAUUGCUCGUUAGACGAUAUCGAUUUGAAUGCUUUAAAGGAUCCUGCUGGAAUAUUUGAACUAAUCGAAGUCGUUGGUAAUGGAACCUAUGGCCAAGUCUACAAGGGACGACACACAAAGACUGGACAAUUAGCUGCCAUCAAAGUUAUGGACGUUACCGAAGACGAAGAAGAAGAAAUUAAGCUAGAAAUAAAUGUGCUUAAAAAAUAUUCAAACCAUCGUAAUAUUGCCACAUACUAUGGUGCAUUCAUAAAGAAAUCUCCUCCUGGGAAAGAUGAUCAACUUUGGUUGGUUAUGGAAUAUUGUGGUGCCGGUUCUGUAACUGAUUUGGUAAAAUCCACAAAAGGACAGAGUCUUAAAGAAGAAUGGAUUGCGUAUAUUUGUCGUGAAAUUUUACGCGGUCUAAGUUAUUUGCACUCGAAUAAGGUCAUACAUCGUGACAUCAAGGGACAAAAUGUACUCCUUACAGAUAAUGCUGAAGUCAAAUUGGUUGAUUUUGGUGUUUCAGCUCAGUUAGAUCGAACGAUAGGCAGAAGAAAUACAUUUAUUGGUACUCCUUAUUGGAUGGCUCCGGAGGUUAUUGCCUGCGAUGAAAAUCCAGAAGCAACUUAUGACAACCGAUCCGAUCUCUGGUCGUUAGGUAUUACCGCAUUGGAAAUGGCCGAAUCACAACCACCACUGUGUGACUUGCAUCCAAUGAGGGCAUUGUUCUUGAUUCCACGCAACUCGCCGCCAAGACUUAAAUCUAAAAAAUGGUCGAAGAAAUUCCAUGGAUUUAUUGACACGGUUCUUGUGAAAGACUAUCAUCAGAGGCCUUACACAGAUCAGUUGUUAAAGCAUGCAUUCAUUAAAGAUCAACCUACUGAUCGACAAGUGCGAAUACAACUCAAAGAUCACAUUGAUCGUUGUAAGAAACGAAAGCAAGAGAAAGAACGCGAAGACUAUCCUUACUCUGGUUCGGAUAAUGACGAGGAAGAGCCCCCGAUUACCGGUGAUUCCAUUAUCCAAGUGCCAGGUGGUGACACUCUGCGUCGUAACUUCCAAAAAAUCCAAGAAGGUGGAGUGGCUGGUAGUGAAGUUCAGCCUCAGCCUCAGGCAAACAGAAAUCAGAAACCGCAAUCUCGUGAUCAGCGACAGCAGAUCGAAGAGCCAGGUCCACCUUCGCGACCGGCAUUGCCACAACGCCUAAUAGUCGUUCCAGAUCCCCCACAGCAUGCCAAUCGCCCCCUGCCGCCGACUCCCAAAGGCUCCGGCUCAUCUCCACAAUCCCAACAGCAGACACCCCAGCAACAGCAACGCAAUUCUCAAAAUAUAUUCAAGCCAAUGCUUCCACCGAGGAGACCUGAGGAUUUGGACAUGUUAGCUGCACAAUUAAAUGAAUUGGGCGUCUCUCAACAGUCACAGCAAUUGGUCUCAUCCGCUGGACAACAACAGGCUCAACCCGAAGCACCGCCAAGGAAUAAUCGUCAAUCAUCGGCUUCCGUGACAUCGUCAUCAUCAUCAUCGGCACAACAACAAUUGAAACCGGCACCAGCACCACCUGUUGUCAAUAAUCAUCAUGCGCAACCGGUAAAUCCAUUGGAUCCAAUUGAUAGCAGUGAUUCGGAUAGUGAACCUGAGGAACCGAAUGAACGUGGCCGCAACGAUGGUACUUUAUUAGCAAGUGAUCCACCUAAACCACUUCCUGAAUUUUCAUAUAGACCCGGCCUUGGACCUGUCUCAGAGGAUACCACCAGUCCCCCGGCUUCUCAUGGUAUUGGAGGUCCACCCAAUCGUCCACUGCCCCCAACACCCGAUGAUGAUGAUCAAGCUGGUGAUCGAACUCUAAUCAUGAAAAGGAAACUAGAAAAUCAAAAGCAAAAGUCAGCAUCAGGUCAAGUAGCUGUCGCCAACGCCGCUGCUGCCGUUGGAAAAAAUGAUGCCGAAGAAUCAGUACUCCUACGCGACUGGGACAUCGAGAAAUUCUUUCCAAAUCGUGGUGCAAGUUUAAAUCGUUCAAAUACGAGUACACUAAAAUCUGAUCAAAAGAUGGUUAUGCAUCGAAGUAGCAUCUCAGAAGUGCCUAGUAAUGCAGCGGCAGCUAGAAAAGCUGCAGCUAUAUCAGCUCCUCUAACCAGUAUUUCAACAUCUUCAAUUUCUACAACGUCUUCCUCGUUUUCACCUGCUCAAAGAAAACUAUCACAACCAAUGCCAAAUAGAUCUACAACAACAACUAAUAACAGUGCCUUAAUAACAAAUAAUACACCAAAUAAAAAUAAUAAUAAUAGCGCUGUAAGUUGUAGUAAUAAUAAAAAUCACAAAAGACAAGAGUCUGAUUCUAAAUUGCCAAUGAAUUUCGUCCGAGGCUUUCGCAGGGAGAAUUCUGACUUCUUUCCACUUACAAAACGCCAUUCAGCUGUUCUUGGUGAGAGAAUGGCAAAUAAUGGCUCCAGUGGUGGAAUUCUUCCAAUUAACAGCAACAGUACGAGUAAUAAUAAUACUCCAUUACAACAACGUGCCAGUGCGUUAUUCCAACGCAGUACGAAUAUGUUCAAGAGUGAAGAUUCAAAGUUGAAGACCGAUCAACAAAAGUCACUUAAAAAAUCCGAGAGUAAUAAACAAAUUAAUGUUUCACCCCAACAACAACAGCAACAGUCAACUGUGAAUCAAAACCAAAAAUCCGAAUCAACCAACAAAUCGAGUUGGAGCAGUAGCCUUACAGGAAGAAAUCUAGACUUUUUAAGGCCUCGACGUGAAAAGACUGAAUCGGUUAUAUUUUUGCAAAACUAUGCGGCCAGACAACAAUUGAUAAUGGCUCAGCAGCAACAACAGCAGCAGAACCGAAGCGGAGAGAGUAGUGGCUUGGGUACUCCUGGAACUCGAACGAGUAGCGUUUUGCCAGACUUACUUAGUCAAGCAUCGCCAGCAACACCACCACGCCAUGAUAAAUCCUCCAGUGAAGAGUAUCGAGCGGCCGUUAGCUCAUCAGUCCAUUCCACACCUUCCAAGUCGUUUAUUGCGUCGAAUAGUUCGCCACAAUCGACUAUUUCGUCGUCGUCACGACAAAAUAGUCCAAAUCAUUCGAUCACAAAAACUAGAUCGAGUAGUAGUAUUAAUAAUAAUAAUAAAUCAAUAACACCACCUUCACUUCCGCCCCAUGCCUAUGCUCUCCAACAGAAACAAAGGAGCUUCCUCACUUUCGGAUUUGGUGCCGGCGGUUCAGGACCGUCCCGUCGGGAAAGUCACGUGAAUGUGAAUGUGACACCAACGUCGCAUGACGCCUCAAGUGACACUCCUGAAAUUCGUAAAUAUAAGAAGCGUUUCAAUUCGGAAAUUUUGUGUGCUGCAUUGUGGGGUGUCAAUUUACUGAUAGGAACCGAGAAUGGUUUAAUGUUGCUCGAUCGAUCGGGACAAGGAAAGGUCUAUCAAUUGAUCUCUCGUCGCCGAUUCCAACAGAUGGAAGUGCUCGAAGGACAGAAUAUCUUAGUUACAAUAUCUGGAAAAAAGAAUCGUGUACGUGUGUAUUAUCUUUCUUGGUUAAAGUCAAAAAUCCUUAGAACCGAUGGUCUCUCAGAUCAAGUAGAACGACGCAAUGGUUGGAUUAAUGUCGGAGAUCUUCAAGGUGCUGUACAUUUCAAAAUAGUUAAAUACGAAAGGAUUAAGUUCCUAGUGAUUGCUUUAAAAGACUCGAUUGAAAUUUAUGCUUGGGCGCCAAAGCCUUACCAUAAGUUCAUGGCAUUUAAAAACUUUGGUGAACUUGAACAUCGUCCUCUGCUAGUGGAUCUAACAAUAGAAGAUCAAUCCAGAUUGAAAGUUAUUUACGGCUCAGCCGAAGGUUUCCAUGCUGUCGAUCUGGACUCUGCUGAAGUUUAUGAUAUCUAUCUUCCUAAACAUACUCAGGGUGCAAUCAUACCGCAUUGUAUUGUAGCGCUUCCAAAUUCGAAUGGAAUGCAAUUACUUCUUUGCUAUGAUAAUGAAGGAGUUUAUGUGAAUACUGUUGGUCGUGUAUCGAAGAACAUUGUUUUGCAGUGGGGCGAGAUGCCAACAUCAGUAGCCUACAUCGGUACAGGUCAAAUUAUGGGCUGGGGCAAUAAAGCAAUUGAAAUUCGUUCAGUUGAGACCGGUCAUUUGGACGGUGUGUUUAUGCACAAAAAAGCUCAACGCUUGAAAUUCCUCUGCGAAAGGAAUGACAAGGUGUUCUUCAGCAGUGCCAAAGGUGCUUCGUCGUGUCAAAUAUACUUUAUGACACUCAAUAAGCCUGGUAUGGCUAACUGGUAGAUAAGCUAAGUCUAAAGAAAAUCGAAAAACAAAACAAAAAAAAGAAAAGAAAAAAAACACACCAUAUUCAAUUUAAAAAUGAAAAGAAAUUAAAAAAAAAAACACUACAAAUAAAGAGCAAAAGAAACAAUUAAACAAGAAAAAAACGUAUAGAAGUAAACACAAAAAGCAACAACAACAAAGUUAUAAAACUAAUUUAUAUUAUUAAACGCAUUUUUUUAUUAAAAACAAAAAAAAACAACAACAAAACAAAAAAAUAUUCUUAUAAUUAUGAUUACUUAUUAUUAAAAAAAAUAAAAAUAAAAUAUAUAUAAAAUUUAAAAAAAUAUAUAUAUAUUAAAAGUGAGAGUGCAAGAGAAAAAAAAACAAAAGAAAAUAGAAAGAAAAACCACAAUUUUUAUCAUCGUGUGUGUAUAAAACGCAAGUAAUAUUAGAACAACAACAAAUGAAAAA